GGCAAGUCCAGACCAGCAUUCCAUCACCCCCCUCACUCCUCACCAUGGGCAAAGCCGAGCGAAAGAAGGGCGCCAGGGCCUCUGCGUCACCAUAUCAAAAGCCCUCCAAGGGCGGCCAGGGCGCAGCAGGCAAAGCGGGCGCGGCCCUCUUCAAAUUCAACACCGACAUCGGUCAACACAUUCUGAAAAAUGGAGCGAUCGCAGACAACAUCGUGGACAAGGCGAACGUCCAGCCGACCCAGACCGUGCUAGAAGUCGGUCCUGGUCCGGGUAUCCUGACGAGUCGGAUCCUGGAGAAGGCGAAGAACGUCGUUGCGGUGGAAUUGGAUCCCCGCAUGGCGGCGGAAUUGACGAAGAAGGUGCAGGGGACGCCGCAGGAGAAGAAGCUGCAGAUUGUGCUGGGCGAUUUCAUCAAGACCGAUUUGACCAAGCUGCCACAGUUCCAGGUCGUCAUCAGUAACACUCCUUACCAGAUCUCUUCACCCCUCAUCUUCAAGCUCCUCGCCAUGCCCAAUCCCCCAAAAAUGGCUGUUCUCAUGGUUCAGCGCGAAUUUGCCCUCCGCCUGAUUGCUCGCCCCGGCGACGCCCUCUACUCCCGUCUCUCUGUCAACGUCCAGCUCUUCUCGCGCGUCUCGCACGUCAUGAAAGUCGGCCGGAAUAACUUCCGUCCCCCGCCCCAAGUCGAGUCCAGUGUCGUUCGCAUAGAGCCCAAGCCCGGCCGUCCUGAGAUCAGCUGGGACGAGUGGGAUGGUAUGCUUCGGAUCUGCUUCGUACGCAAGAACAAAACUCUCCGCGCGGGGUUCAUGGCAACCAAGAUUCGUGCCAUGAUUGAGCGGAACUGGAUAACGUGGGCUUCCAUGAGUCCGGAAAAGGUUGCCCAGGGUGAUAUCGAUCUGCUUACCGGGAAGACGCCAUUCCCUGAGAAGUUCGCUGCGAAGGAGGGCGAUGGGGAUAUGGAUAUGGAUAUGGAUGGGGCUGAGGAUGACGCCGCGGGACCGAUUGUUGACGAGGACGACGUGGAUAUCUUUAUGGGCGAGUCCGGGAACAGCAACAAGGGCGCAUCGGUUGCGCAGACAGGGCCCAUCAUCACAGUUGCAUCGCAUCAAGUUCCUCGGACUAUGGUUACCCGGUUGAUUCAGACUAAAAUCGAGCGGAUUUUGGACCAGGCUGGGUUGGCCAAUGCGCGUGCGAACAAGUGUGACGAGAACGAUUUCCUCCGUCUUCUUGAUUCUUGCAAUUCCGAAGGCAUUCACUUUUCAUAAUGGGUUUUCAAAUUACGAGAUGCCGUCCCAUCAGCGCGCAGCCUUGCAAGCUCGCGAAAUCUCCCCAUGCCUCCGAUUACCUCCGUCUGACCGAGUUCUGCCAGAUACGGCUUUGUGAGUGGUGCUGGACGCUGCUCUACUCUACACGCCUACCGCCGGCAGCUCCGCUUCCGACUGGUUUGUAUCCGGGGCCAUCCUUUAUAGAGAAAUCACGACCAAAAGUGCUAUUUAUUUAUACCAUGUAGCGUCGAAUAGUAUUUGAGUAUUAAUGAUACGAAGUCAAGAGUUAUG